AUGUUACGAACCAGUGUAAUCACUAAAAACAAUGCUAGAAAUAUCCCAUUCCCAAAUGAUGUCAGAGGUGGUCAUAUCAAUCAAUUAAAAGAAAGAAUUGAAAGAGAAGAAAAAGAAUUACAUCAAUUUAUUAAUAAUAAUAAUAAUUCAUCCUCUUCAUCUUCUCAUUUAAAUUCAUUAUUUAUUUGA